CUAAGUUGCUUUCUAGUUUAAUAACAAAACUUCUGAAAUUGAAGUGACAAAGCAUAGUACAUUCAGAGUUUCAAGGUGAUGGUAACUUGUAGUUCCUACGCAUUCUGGGGAAGGCAAGAAGGCUCAUUGUGUGCUCAACAUUGUCUGAAUAAUUUGCUGCAAGGGGAAUACUUUAGUCCUGUUGAGUUAUCCUCUAUUGCACAGCAAUUGGAUGAGGAAGAAAGGAUGAGAAUGGCAGAGGGAGGAGUAUCUAGUGAAGAAUACAGGACUUUUUUACAGCAGCCUUCUGUAAAUAUGGAUGAUAGUGGAUUCUUCUCAAUUCAAGUUAUAAGCAAUGCCUUGAAAGUGUGGGGUUUAGAACUAAUCCUCUUCAACAGCCCAGAGUACCAGAGACUUGGGAUCGAUCCUAUAAAUGAAAAAUCAUUUAUUUGUAAUUAUAAGGAACACUGGUUUACAGUUCGAAAGUUAGGAAAACAGUGGUUUAACUUGAACUCUCUCUUGAUGGGUCCAGAACUAAUAUCAGAUACAUAUCUUGCACUUUUCUUGGCUCAAUUACAACAGGAAGGUUAUUCCAUAUUUGUAGUAAAAGGUGACCUGCCAGACUGUGAGGCAGAUCAGCUGCUGCAGAUGAUUCGGGUACAGCAGAUGCAGCGACCAAAAUUGAUUGGAGAAGAGGCAGCACAGUCAAGAGAUCAGAGGCUACCCAGAAGUGAUGUGGACCAAGCAAUAGAAGUUAACCAUCCGUUUGAUGGAACAGGCAUGUUAGACGAAGAUGAAGAGAAUUUUCAGAGAGCCCUGGCUCUAAGUAGGCAGGAAAUUGAUAUGGAGGAUGAAGAAGCUGAUCUUCGCAGAGCCAUUCAGCUCAGCAUGCAAGGUAGCCGUCAAAGUGAGCUCUCAGGCUCGUUACCACAGAAUGUUCCUCAGUCGUCUCACAGCAGUCAGACAGACUCCCUUUCUUCAGAAGAACUGCGAAGGAGAAGACAAGCAUAUUUUGAAAAACAGCAACAACAGCUACAGCAGCAAGAUCAGACCCCAAACCUACAGGACAAAGCAACUCUUAGCUCAAGCACUCCAGAACCUGGCACAGGUGGUGAUAUGAGCGAAGAAGACAUGCUUCAAGCAGCCAUGAAUAUGUCUCUGGAGUCUGUUAGAAACCACUUGAAUUCGGAAGAGGAGAAAUAACAUCAUUUUAUUCCCUUUUAUUGUCAAAACGCUAAGUCUCCAUUAAAAUUCUACUGUGUGAAUGUUGCACAAGCAGGGUUCAUUUCAGAGUUCUGGAAGUAGGAAUGAAAGGGGGGCUGCUGAAGGUCAGUUUAGAGAGGAUCUGCAAAUACAAAAAUGAUUGCACUAAUGUAGAGAACUGUAGCACUCCUACUACAAAACAUCUGCUCACAGGAGUAGUGGUGUUAAAAUUACUGGAACUAUUCAUGCAAAGUCAGACAAGGGUAGCAGCUGUAACUUAAAAAAGUAAAGCAUUUAAAGCUUGCAUUAAAAAAGCAAGUUUAAAUUGUUUUGAAGAGUUCUAUAGAAGAUUCAAAUGGUGCUGAAAACAGAAUCAAAUUAUUUUCUUCAGUACUAAUGUAAAAACAGAUACAAAUAAUAAGUUAUGUUCAUAAAUUCUUUUUAAUAGAUCACUCUAAAAUGGGGAGAGUAAUUAAAUUCCAUUAAUAUUAAAUUAUUUUGUGAUUCUUUAUUAUGAAUGACUUAACAUCAGCUUUUUGAUCCUGCUGUCUACUUUUGAAAUUAUCCAUUCUGCAGGAGAAACAAGGAAGAAUCCAUAAAUUUCAUACUUUUCAAUUCAAGUGAGAAUUUUCAGUGUAUUGUUGACUAUAAUGUUGCUCCCGAGUCUUUCAGUGAUUUCUGACUUUAUAAUAAUUUUUGGUUUUACCUUCAAUUCCAAUUGUAAAAUUUUAGGCCCAUGUUUAAUGUACUGUCUUUUAGCAGAUAACUUGCCUUAUUUGGCUUGGAGUUUUGUUUUCUUGUUUUGCUUUUAAUUAUUGUUUUCUUACGCUCUUUCUUGUUAAAGCCACUGUCUUUUUACUUCAAAAGCAGCAUAUACUCAAUUGGGUUGAACAGGUUUUAUUUUCUACCUCUUCCAGAGUCUUUUCCUCUUCAAGCUCAACCCUUCAUUAUGGCUUUUCAGUAUGAAAGAGCUGUAACUGAGACUAGGAGAAGGUAGGAGGGGAUUUAGGUGCCAUAAAGUCAGUGCCACAUGCAUAAGGUGCAUUCCUGCAAUCUGAAAUGACCCCUGUGGAAGUAGCUCUUAUAAGAAUGAAUAUUUAUGCCUGUGUGGAUGUUCUUUCUGAAAUGCUUUUUAUGAGUGUCUGUCAGAAUGUUGCAGUUUUUUCAGGAAUGGCCUUUAUUCACGCACCUUACAAUUUUUUAUCAUGUUGUUUCUGAUCCUGAGAAAAAUUGGGAAGCAAAGUUUGUGAGAUAGCUUAUGUUAUUGGUUGUAAGACAUUUGCUUUGAUAUCCAGGAUGAAUGUGUAACAGGGUGACCAAACCUGACUUUGAACUUCAGUGCAACAAAAGAGAGAUAUUUCAUUUUCCUAAAUGGUGCUUGAAAUACAAAUUCUGUUUACAUAUAAAUUAUAUGGAAAUAUGUUGUAGAUAGAGUAUAUAAGCUGUAGUCCAGUUAAAGCAUUAACAGUUAGCACAGGCAUUCUAAGAAUCUUUCAAAGAUAACCCAAAAUUUCUUUAUCAAAGUAUUCUAAAGUUAUAUCUUUGCACAAUAGUAACAUUUAAUUCAAAUUAGUAGGAAAUUAAUGGUAGCUAGAUGGAAAUACACAUUCAGCAUCAAGUAGUACUGUACAUGAAAGGGCUUUUACCUCUCAGUAAAGAUUUGUCUACAGCAAUGGUUUCCUGAUAGCUUAGGAUAUUAUACAUAAUUGGGCUAAAUUCUGUUUUUCUUAUCCAUGUGCUGGAUUUUCACCAAUGUCAACCGGAACCACUGGUAUGUGUUACACAAUAUUGAUUUUGACAUGAGACAGCACUACUUUCUAAAAACUAAUUUUUGUCUUUUUAAAAUAAUCCUGUCAUACAUAUUGUAAUUAUUUGUAAUGUCUCAAAAUAAUAUAGCUGAACAAUGACUUUAAAAGUCCAUGUGUGCGUAUGCCAUUUUGAAAUGCUGUAUUUUUCAGGGUGUGAUUUUCUGCUUUCAGUUUGAAAUUUCUAUGAAACUGAAAGCAAGAAAGGUGUCUAAAGCACUGAUUUAUUUUUUUUUCUCAUCUGUCAAUUAACCACAGCUUAAUUUUCCUUUUUUGGUUGUGCCAUAAACUAAUUCUAAAAUAAGACUCAUUUUUAUAAAUAGGUAUAGACUGGCAAUCUGAUGCCAGUACUUGGAACUUGGACCUUUUAUCCUCCUCUAUUAUAAAAACAUACUAAAAUUAUUAUUUCUGUAGCUCUAGCAGCCUUAUAUUAAAAAAAAAACCCAGACAACUUAGUCCCUUGAAUCUCACUGACUGUAAGCCAGGCCAACUACAUGAUUUUAUAAUCACUAAAACAUGGAGGUUUGCCUUUGAACUUUCAUGUCACAUCAUCAGUCACUUCAUCACCCAAGUAUUUUAAUAUGGAAGGAAUAUAAAAUGUCAAGGCCUGAAAGGUGCAGCUGAGUCAGUGAUCACAGGGCCAACCAUUUCCCUCUGUGGGGAAAUGCUGUCACUCAACAACUACCAGUUUGAUUUUUAAAGAAAUGUCAAGCAGAAUGAGGUAGGCAUGUCUAUAUUGACAAGCAGUUACAAGAGCAAUUUCAGCUACAUCUGUUAAUUCAUGUAAUUCUGUCACUGGAAAAGACCUGCAAGAAACCAACCCUUAAUGCAGGCCAGUCCACCACUAAAUGUAAUGUUGCUAAGCACCACAACUACACCUCUUUUUAAAGAGCUGCAGGGAGGAGACUCAACCACUUGCCUGGGCAGCCUGUUCCAAUGGUGGAUGACCCAUUCAGAGAAGAAAUACUUCCUGAUACCAAACCUGAACCUCCCUUGGUACAAACUGAAGGCUGACACACACCACACUACAACCUUCUUUCAGGACUUGUAGAGAGUGACAGGGUCUCUAUUUGAACUGUACCCAAGGAAAAGACUCAUACUAAUUGCUGACAGUACGUAUUUUAUAACCCAGGUCUCAAGUUCAAAAUGUCUGGACCUGCCAAGAAGCUGUCAAUAAAACACUGCUGUCAUUUUUUGGUGUGCAUUCUUUCAAUGAUAAAUAGUCUAAGUGCAGUUCAACUAUGCUUCUAAUUUACUAAUUUAGGGUGUACUUCCAGUGUUAUCUACCCUGUCAACCAGAAGGGUUGGGCUUUUUCCCAUGUUACAGCUUUAGGCCAAAGUUCAUUGUUAAGCAGUAGAUGUUGAUUUUUUUAUUUUUUUUUUUUAAAUUUUAAUAUUAUUGUUAAAAAGUUAUAUUUGAGGGAAUUUCAGACUUCAUUAGUUCAACAGAUUUUUACUAUUUUCCAGUGAAUGCUCCAUGGGACAAAUUAUGGUUUUCUUCCAGUAGAAAUCAAAGGGGCAGGGGGAAUGAGUGAUACAAUAAAUACCAAAAUUACAUCUCUAAGUAUAAUUCUGCAAACUGCUUUCUUGGUCUUGGUGAGGGCAGGAGGAACAAGAGUUGUAAUGCAGUCAUGCUUUUAUGCAAUUCUUGUUAGGCACAUCAAGUAUAAAUAUUAGCUGUUUAAAUGCUUAUAUUUUUCUAGACCUGAAACUAGUAUGAUACAAUACUGUCUUACUUUAACAUUUGUGCUUGUUGUGCCCUUCAAAGAACUGAAAUAAAUUUAAGUGUAAUUUUCAGCUAAGGUACUCUUCUUACUUGUCAUACUUUACUACUUUGCAGACUACUUGAAAAUAACCAAUACAAAUUUAAAUCUAUGAUGUGUUUUAAUGUUGGACUAUUGCUUCUAUUACAGACUUACAGAAUGGUGGGGGUGCAGAUGUCUACUAGACAAAUAUUAUAAUUUGCAAGCUGCUUUGUCUUAUUACAAAAAUGACAGGCUUAAAAAUGAACAUGUUACAGUUCUAAAAUGUGAAAAUCUCUAGUGUUAAAUAUUGGCUCAAAUAAUGAUGAAAACAUAAAAAUGGUGGCCUUUGUACUGAAAAAUACAGUAUAGGGGAACAGGAUCAGAGAAUUAGAAUUCAGACUUACAAAGAAGUUUUAUUUUGCAAUUUGUGUUAUCAGCACAUCACUUUUGAAGGAACUGAAAUAAGAAUCCAAGGAAAAGAAAAACUGAUGUGGAAACUUUUUUUAAGGGCUUAGAUAGAAAAUUAUGUUCACUUGGUAAGCCAUUACUGUCUUGCAUACAGCAAACUUAAGUCCGGGCAAAUCUUGAUAAUUAUUCACAAAUCAUUACCAAAAAAAGGAAAAUAAGUCCAACAUGUAAUAAAUACAUGCCUAUUCCAUAGACACAAUCACUUGUUCAAGUGACAGUAAUACUUAAUGCAUUCAAACUGGCGGGGUCCAAAUAUUUAGUUCUUCAGUUUAGAAGUGGUAGCUUUGUCUUGUAUUCAGGUUUUCAUCUUAAAAGCAUGAGCUCUUCUGCAAUAUUUUUUUUUAAUCGUCAUACACACAUUUUGCCUUAUUUGUAUUUCAGAGAUGGAGGAAAUGCUGGAGUAUUUAACCUGCCAUAGUCAGCUCCUUCCCCAGUUACAGUUCUUCAGACAGUUAGAACAUGUGACUUUUCAACUGCUUUCACCAAAUCAAAAUGCUUAUACAUUAUUUUCUUUGUCAAAAAAAUAAUUAUAACUACAUUUUUAUUUUAAUCUUUCCUUAUCCUCAGUACGGCCACUGGGUGAAUUCAGGAGGGGACUUGUAAGAUUUUGAAAAAAGGUAUGUAAUGUUCAAAUUCCACUGUGCAAAAGCAAAAUGAAAAAAAAAAAGAUAAAAAACUUGAUCUUGUCUUUAAAGCAUUUAAGCUUUUGAUAAAAUUUUAUUUUUUGCUACAUGAAACCCCCUGUGUACAAGUCAGUGUAGAGUUAGGAUUUUGUAAGGGAAUAAUUUUUCAUCUCUUGCCUAAUGGUUGUGUAUUUUAAAAAUUAUUUUCAGUAAGAUUUUUUGUCAAGACUGUUUUCAUAUCACAUCUUUGGCUCUGGAUUCCUGUAUAAUUUUUGCCUAUUUUGUGUAUAUAAAGCAUAGAAUAAUGAAAAGAUUUAAAAAGGGAAAAAUGAAAUGCUUUGUCAUUGUUUUGACUGGAAAAUGGCAACACUGUUCAAUAUUUUGAAAAUGGUCUCCAAAUAGGCAUGAAUAUAUAUGGUUGUAUUUGAUAUCACUUUUUUAAAUAAAUAUGAUUAUAGCUUCUAAUGUUUCUCUCU